CCGCCUCCCGCUAUUGAACAGAUUUCCUUGCUACGAGCUAGCCGCACACUGGAUAUAAAAAAAAACACGACCAAAAGAUGCUCCUUCGCCGGAUCAAAAGUGUCCAACAAAUAACUACAGCAAGUCAGGGGAAACCUUGUCCAACUGUGUCCAAACUUCAUUAGUACCUAAUUGCUGGAGUAAUUGCUGAUGAAUUCCCCGAAAAAGGACGGAGAUGAUGAUGUGCCCGUUAAAGACUCGAUAAAAUACGGCGAACUGGUCAUUUUGGGGUACAAUGGCUCUCUUCCCACUGGCGACCGCGGCCGCCGAAAGAGCCGCUUUGCCCUGUACCGACGGGCCAAGGCCAAUGGCGUCAGACCCAGUGCCGUGCACAUCCUCAACACGCCGCAGGACAGCAAGGCGGUUCACAGCAGGGGGCAACACAGCAUCUCUUUCACACUGUCCCGCAAUCAGACUGUGGUGGUGGAGUAUUGCCAUGACAACAACACUGACAUGUUCCAGAUCGGACGCUCUACAGAAAGUCCCAUCGACUUCGUAGUAACGGACACAUCUGGUGGAUCCAAGGAGGGCGAGGACCCCUCCAUCGCCCCCAGCACCAUCUCACGUUUUGCGUGCAGGGUGGUGUGUGAGCGCCACCCGCCGUACACGGCGCGCAUCUAUGCUGCUGGCUUUGACUCCUCCAAAAACAUCUUCUUGGGGGAGAAGGCCACCAAGUGGAAGAAUCCCGAUGGACACAUGGAUGGCCUGACCACCAACGGGGUGCUGGUUAUGCAUCCGGAAGGCUUCCCUGAGGACCCCAAGCAGGGGCUGUGGCGGGAAAUCUCGGUCUGUGGCGACGUCUACGCCUUACGGGAGACACGCUCUGGACCCAGCAGGGGCAAACUUGCGGAAGGGGAGAGCAGUGCGCUACGGGACGGUUCGUUGGUAGAUCUGUGCGGUGCCACACUGCUGUGGCGCACGGGCGAGGGCCUCAUGCGCGCUCCCACCUUACGCCACCUGGAGGCGCUUCGCCAGGAGUUGAAUGCCUCUCGGCCUCAGUGUCCUGUCGGCCUCAGCACACUGGCCUUUCCCAGCCUGCCCCGCAGCCACAGCCUCGAAGAACGUCAGCCCUGGGUCUACCUCACCUGCGGCCACGUCCACGGACGCCAUGACUGGGGUCAAAGAUCUGAGGGCGAGGAGGAGCCAGGCGAGGGCGAUGGCUCCACCGUGCGCCGAGAGUGCCCGCUGUGCCGGAGUGUGGGCCCCUACGUGCCACUGUGGCUGGGCUGCGAGCCAGCUGUGUAUGUAGAUGCCGGCGCCCCCACUUAUGCUUUUGUGCCGUGCGGCCACGUUUGCUCGGAGAGGACAACCAGGUACUGGGCGGACACCCCGCUGCCUCACGGGACGCACGCCUUCAGGCCCGUGUGUCCCUUUUGCUCCUCUGCCCUCAGCUCGCCAGGAUGGACACGGCUCAUCUUCCAGGGCCCCAUCGACUAACAAAACCAACACAAAGAAGAUUUGCCGGAUCCUUUCCUUGCGUAUUGACAAACACAGUUUUGUAGCGUAUGCAACUCCUGGCUUUAUUUCUCCUUUGAGCUUGUUGAUGGAUUGAGGAUCUGAAGACGAGGUGACGAAAUGAAUUGUGACAGAGAAAUCAAUAAGGCCAUUGAUUUCCUCUGAACUUCAUGUUAGUCUAAUGUCCAUUCCAUUAAAUCAGCCUAUUCACAAAGUACAGAUUCAGCAUUCGCGCCCCAGCAAGUUCGCUGAUUUUUUUCCCCCCCAAAUUUAAUGAUUGUAUUUCCAGAAAUAAGUUGUUUUUUUGGGGGGGGGGUUGCCAAAAAACAUCUCAUUCACCAGAAGUUUGUAACUUAUUACACGCAAUAGUAAAGCAUAAUAAUACAACAUGCAUGUACAGUCAUCCCUCGUUUAUCCCGGCUAAUUGUUUCCAGGCUUGACCAUUGUAAUGAAAUGUCCACAAAGUAGGAUUAUCAUUAAUAAAUCAAAUAUUUUCUUAGUUAGAGCAUAUAAAACUGUUUACGACUUCUUAAAAAAAUUUUUUAAACAUAAUUAGAGCCCUCAAAGCAUGAAAUAUCAUUCAUAUAGUCACCUUAACUCUCGUUUUACCCAAUAUAGUAGCCUUGAGUGUGUUCUACUGUAGAUUAAAUAUACUCAUUCACUGGAUCCUCGAAGCAUCAUUUUUGUAGCCGUCGCCUGACCAAUACAACACGACCAUGGCGUAGAAACUGGGUUUCCAUGUGCUGAGACCAUGGGCGUAAAUUGUUCUGUGAAAACUUGGUCAACUAAGAGUUGCAGCUACGACCAUUAGCCCUAUUGUUAGCAUUUUGUGUUGUUAGCAUUGCGUGUCCUGCGUUGUGUUGUUAUUCCAGUGUAUCAACAGAGUUCCUCUACACUUAGCAUUGCCCGACAGCUGCUGAUAGCAGUCUUGUGAACAUUAAGUGGCACGUCGAUACUGGUAUGUCUCGCGUCUCGUCUUUUAAAACAGCUCACGCUAAAGUCUAACCAAUGUGAAACAAUGUGAUUGAUGAGACAGGUGUCUAAGAUAAAGUUCCUCAAAAUGUUGUUCUGCCAAAAUUUGCUCAACUUGAUUGUCACGGUAAAGAGAGCGCCAAGAUUAGUUGCCAUGUUGUUAGCAUAAUUCACCCUUAACCCAGAAACCUAAGUCCCUCUUGGUGAAUAUCUUAAUCAAUUGUCACAACAUUCAUCCAUCCAUUUUCUACGGCUUAUUCCCUUUGGGGUCGCGGGGGGCGCUGGUGCCCGGAGUACCCGGAGGGAACCCAUGUAGUCACGGGGAGAACAUGCAAACUCCACACAGAAAGAUCCCGAGCCCGGGAUUGAACCCAGGACUACUCAGGACCUUCGUAUUGUGAGGCAGAUACACUAACCCCCAAACCACCAUGCUGCACUUGUCACAAUAUAAUAACAGAAAAUAACACACAUAAUGUAAUACAUAUUAGACUUAAUUCAACAUUUAAUUUAGGCCAAAAAUAUGUAGAAUGUUGUUAUAUUUAAAAAAAACAUUUGCGAUGAAGUUACAUCGCAAUAAUUGAAGCGCGAUGUGGCGAGGGACGACUGUACGAUGAAACAAUGUGACGUCAGUGCAAGAAGCCGAAAACAUCACCUUUGACCGUUAGUUUUGUUGCAUUGAGGUGAACUCAGGUUCUUAUAUGAUCCUAAGUAGGCAGUGUGGAUUAUGUAGAUGCAGCUGAUGAGAAAGGCCUUCUACAACGGCUAGCAGGGACAACCAAGUGGCCUGCAGAGCAGUGGAGCCAUGUACCAACGCCAGCUGCUUUAAAGGGAGAUGUACAGUAGGCGGUGGUUGUUGCGCGAGCCUGGCGCCCAGGCUAGAUUGUUACUCCGAUUCCAUCUGUUCUAUCAAACAUCUUUCAUUAUCAUUAAUAAUUACCUAUCCAUUUUAUCAUUUACAUUUUUUUAGGCAUAUUUGGGGUUCAAACAUGGAUUGCUUGAAUUUAGCUUGUUAACUUCUUUUAAGGCAAGAAAACAACAUUAGUUAAAUGAAAACGAGAAGGCUUAUUGAAGCUGGAUAUGAUCUAAUAAUUACAGCACUCGCUUUUAUUGCAAAUAUUAAUCUGAAUUAGAGGGUCAAUCUCAAGCUUGUGGGAAGGUUUAGAUGGGGGAGUGUAAGCAAGGAAUAGCAUAGGGUGGCUCAGGGUAUCAUACAUAAUUAUUUGGGUCAAAAAUAUGAGUUUUUUUGUGGGCAUUUCAAUUCCUUGCAUUAAUUUGCUAAUUGCGAAUGUUCUCGGAACAUAACCACACAAAUUGCAGCGAUGUAUUGUACAGUAGGACUUCACCUUUGCAGAAAGCAGAUCCCAGAUCCCAACCCCAUCAUCAAGCCAAAGGAGUGUAAAUAAGGUUUUGGGAGACUAGGUAAGAUCCACUUCACACAACUCUCCGAAAUAACAGCAAUAACAGCACUCACUGGUUUGUAUAAGCUAAGAACUUACGCUCGCUUUUAUGGCCAGCGGACAUCGCCUCAAAUACAGUUCUGGCGUUUUGGGGGUCAACUAGAGGCGUGUUCUGUUGUCGACAACCUUAUGAUGGAACCAAAGUGUUAAAAGCUUAUUUACCGGUAGUAGACGGAACACCAGACGGCCAAUAAAACUGAUAACACUAAAUAUUUCAAAAUGGUUCUCAAUGUUUUUUAAAACGGUUGUAUGUGAAACCGGUGGACACAUGAAUUAAGUGUUCAGUUUUGGCACGUGUGAAAUUAACCAAUUAAAAAAUACUAUUUUAUUAUUCCUUUUAGAUGGCGGAAAACUUGAGGGAUUAGAGAAAAUAAUCAAGUUAUCUGAAAUUGACAGAAUUCUUGUAUUGAAUAAUUAAUCAAUUAUUAGUCUAUAUAGAUUCUUGCAUAAACCUCAUUAGUAGGCAGCAUUAACUCGUUAACACACUUCUGGUUGCCCCCUUAAUAUGCUUGUAGGUUUCUUAAGGUGUGUCAGUGUGUUGGUGGCGUGUCCAAAGGUUAGAUCUUGCGUAACCUCAAAAAAUAACCUCAUUUUUUUCCCUUCUAGUUUGAACGUGUAUGUACGUGUCGAAGAAAAACAUAUUUUGUUAGAAAUGUGGAGUAAGGGUGUUCAGUAUUUAAAAGAUAUAUGACUAUUUUUCUAACUGAUUUAGUUGUUUAACUUCAGUGAAAGUUGUCCAGUAUGUUCUGGGGAUGUCAGGAGAGCCCGCAAGUGUAUAACAGAAUUGUUGCCAACAAUAUGUUCGCCACACACAAACACCAAAACACAACACAACACAUUGAGUUUGUGUACACAGUGCUACCGUAGAACAAUGAAUGUAGCCAACCACGCGGGCUGCGUGUCCUAGCCUCUCCCUGGUGCUCAUAUUGAAUGGUCUUUAUAUUGUGAAACUAUUUUUGUAACUGAAUAUUGCGAUGUAGCCCUGGUGACGACCUAGCUUGAACAUAAUAACGUCGUAUGGAAGAUGUAGAGUGGAUAUGCUACACGCUCACUCGCUUGCAUGUACACCCACACACACACACAAACACACACACUCUCAAAUGCGUUCCAGCCUUCUUAAUUCAGAGUGUUUGAUGAUGUCUUCCGAGUCUUUUGCUGUUCAACAUGCAACAUUGUAUGGAAAAAAGAGAAAAAUCCUCAUACUUGACAGACCCACGUUGUACUGUAAUGCCAAUAUUUGCCACCAAAUGCUGCAGAUAAGAAAAAAAAUCCUGCCAAUAUUCUCAUUCUUUCAGGUCAUUGUAUUUUCAAGGACACUUCCGGUGGUCUUAGAAGUUGUUUGGCCUCUGAUCCGAACAUACUUCAUCAGUCAAAGACUAGAACGGACAGCUCUUGUCUGAGGGGAUGGCGUAGGACCCAAGUAUUUAUUCUCUAAGGCAAUUGCAUGCCCCAACAAAAAUUGUUUCAUUAUUUUGUCAUGCACGACAGUAAGAGAGAAUAGCGUGGCCUUAACCAGCCAACCACUGGUGGACUCGCAGGCUAAACGUGGCUGUGCUGUGUUUUUUGUGAGGCUAAGAUAUUGAAUCUUUCUUCUAACAGCUGUUGUUUUGCAUUCCACAAGAUUGAAACCGUCCUUUUUGAAAUGUGCCACUACUUUAGAGGAUCAAUGCUCGGUCCUACAACAUCCCCUCAGAUUGGUUAUAUUCUGUUGUCCUUGAGCAGGGACUGAAUUGAAGCCUACUCUGAUGAAAGACAAUACGUCUUCUAAAACAACUUAAACAGUUGUGUUGGCGAUCGAUUCAAUGCCCUGAGAAUAGGAGGAAAUCAGCCUACGUCAGCAUAUUUUAUUGUAAUUUUUUGUAUGCAUUCCUCAUUUGUAAUGUUUAGUUACAGUUCCGUUACCACUUUUUGCAUUGCUUUUUACAACAAUUUAAUGUCUCCAAACUCUCUUGUGGUUUUGGUGGUUCUUGUAACGAGGGAUGGGUUAAUUUCUACAAAACAUCAAGAGCAUUUAUCUUGUGGUUAUAGAAGGUUAGCAGGGGAAAGUGUUGUCUUGUACGGAAAUAAAGGAUGAAACUUUACGCAGCCUGCCAAAAUACAUGACUAUUACAUGUUGGCAUGUGGAUGGAAGAACUGUUGGAGCACCUCUUUUUAGUUUUGUUUUGCCUUAUCUUAUUUCAUAGUUGACCAUAUACAUUUUCAACUCUAUAGUUUUUUCAAUGAUUUUUAGCCUAUAUUAGAUCCAUAUCCAGUAUUAUUUCCUUUUAAAUGUUUGGUUUGCUAUGACUUUUUAACAAUUAUUUUCCAAUCUUAAACCUCAACUUCUUCUUAUAUAAAGUAUGAGCUCUGUAGGUGAGUGAGUAGCCGACACGUAUUAUACACCACCUCGCACGGUCAAUUAUGCAUUUGAUAACAAAGCGUUAUUUGUACAGCUGUUUUAUAUUAUUUUACCAUGAUAAUCCUCUGUAACCUGAACGGUGCACAGACAAUCGCUAUACACAUGUCAAUAAAGCUGUGAUAAAGUGCC